AUGGGUAUAUUUCCUGGUGGAUCAGUUGACGCGCAGAAACAGUUGGGAGCCACGCAUGCUGCUGGAUUGCAUGAAUACGCUGCUCGUGUAGACAAUAGUCUACCGGAAUCACAGAUUCCGUUCGAUGUAUCCAAAAAUCUGCAAAAUUGGGACUGCCCGGAUGCCAUAGACUUUCCUCAAUUCCUCUCAACUAUCAAUCACAUACACCAAACUGGCACAAUCCCUUCGGAUCAUGACUCCAAAGAGAGUCAAAACAUCACUCAACACGUCCCUCUCAAUGAUGACCGUUUACUGGUCGAUCUCAAGCAGAAAAUGAGCAAUGUCAUUGAUCGCAGUGGAGAGGAAUGGGUGUUUGCUUUGGUUGAUGGUUUUAUGCUAUAUUGGAAUAUGGAUGUGGUAAACAUGUUAGAUGUGAAAUUAUUUGUCAAGGCUGAAUAUCACGUGCUGAAGAGAAGGAGAGAGGAGAGGGCGAGAUAUGUCACAAUAGAAGGGUAUUGGGAAGAUCCACCUGGAUAUUUUGAUGAUAUCGUGUAUCCAAAUUAUGUUAAAUUCCACGAGCAUUUGUAUACGGGCGAAAGAGGGUUGACAUUUAAUGAUUUGAUUGUACUCGAAUCAGAAGUCCAGCCUGUUGAUGAUCACAUCGUUACGGCAAUCGAUGAGAUCUUGAAUAUAAUUGACAAGACGAAUAAAUAG